AUGUACCUUUUUGGUGGAAAUGCGUUGAAGUUGCCUUCUGGGGCUAGCUUUCGAGGAGAUAUCAACAUUCUUCUUGUUGGUGAUCCUGGAACGAGCAAAUCUCAGCUGCUCCAAUACAUACACAAGCUGUCUCAUCGUGGUAUCUAUACCAGUGGACGAGGAAGCUCUACUGUUGGGUUGACUGCGUAUGUUGCCAAAGAUCCUGAGACAGGAGAAACUGUUCUGGAGAGUGGAGCCUUGGUUCUAACUGACAGAGGGAUCUGCUGUAUUGAUGAAUUUGACAAAAUGUCCGAAAAUGCAAGGAGCAUGUUACAUGAGGCUGAUGAGCAGACAGACAGGCGCCUUGCGAAACACGUUGUGGCAUUACACUUCGAAAAUCCUGAGCAUUCAGACCACGAUGUUAUAGACCUUUCAAUGUUAACUGCUUAUUUGAGCUAUGCUCGGAAAUAUAUACAUCUGAAGUUAUCAGAUGAAGCUGCUGAAGAGUUGACAAGAGGGUAUGUGGAGAUGAGAAGAAGACGAAAUUUCCCUGGAAGCAGCAAAAAGGUUGAAAAGCCAGAUGUUGUGGAGGCUUUCAGGCUCCUUGAAGUUGCACUGCAGCAUUCUGCUACAAACCACUCAACUGGAACUAUUGAUAUGGAUCUCAUUACAACUGGGGUUUCUGCAAGUGAAAGGAUGAGAAGGGAGAAUUUAUUACUGGAAGAGUUGAAGAAACAAAGUGCUGGCGCUGAAGUUCACCUCGGUGAUGUAAGUUCCUUGUCUCUCUGUGCGCACGAGCGUGUAUGUGUGAGAAUUUUGCCAAUUGAAGGAUUUUUGGGUCUUGCAAGUGAAGGAUUUGUUGCUAUUCAUGGGGAUAAUGUAAAGAGAAUAUGA